UGCAACGUUAAAAACCCAAACCAAACCCCUUCAUCAUUCACCAUCAGUCACAAUCCCGCUGCAGUUUUCAAUUUCCCAUCUUCUCAAUCUUUCUUCUUUUCUCAAAGGAGGAAGAUUACUGCGCUCAUCAACAAACCCUAAAAUCUCUAUCUGUCUCUUGAAUCAUCUCUUCUUUUUGAUUGAUUAUGGCUGCCAAUACUGAAACUGCUCAACCCAACAUUGUUGCUCCUGCAAAGAAGCCUCUUCCCGCUGCUAAGAACGUUGAUUCUCAAUCUGUUCUCAAAAGGCUGCAAUCUGAAUUGAUGGCUUUGAUGAUGAGUGGAGAUUCUGACAUAUCUGCUUUUCCUGAGGAGGACAACAUUUUCAUCUGGAAAGGAACAAUCAAAGGAAGCAAAGAAACCGUUUUUGAAGGCACUGAGUACAAGUUAUCCCUUUCAUUUCCAAAUGAUUAUCCUUUUAAGGCUCCCAAAGUCAAGUUUGAAACAACUUGCUUCCAUCCCAAUGUUGAUGUCCAAGGCAACAUAUGCUUGGACAUACUUCAGGAUAAGUGGUCCUCUGCAUAUGAUGUGAGGACAAUUCUGUUAUCCAUCCAAAGUCUGCUUGGAGAGCCAAAUAUUAGUUCACCACUAAAUCCACAAGCAGCACAGCUUUGGGGCAAUCAAGAAGAAUACAGGAAGAUGGUGGAGAAGUUGUGCAAAUUUCAAGAUGCUUAGAACAUAGGAAUUCAUCAAUCUUGUUGUAGAAGGGCUAUUUUUUUUUCUGUCAUGCUUUGGGAAAGAGAAAGGAUGAACCCAAUUUAUUUUUGGGUGUUCCAUUUAUUCCUUGUCAGAUGGGUCCUUCUACUAGAUUCUUCUUACAGUCAUGAUAUUGUUUUUCCUCCUCAUUCAAAGUGAUUUUGGAUUAUGUUGACUUAAGAGUUGUUAUGUUUUGGAUUUAUAAGAGUUGUUAUUUUUUGAA